AUGCCCUCGGCCGCUAAAUUCGAACGUCUGCUGGAGCACGGCGAUGACUUGGACGACUAUGGCCUGGACGACUCGGACAAUCCCUUUGCAUCUCCCACUCCCCCGCCAGAAUCGUCUUCCAAAAAGCGAAAGGAGCCGGACUCUGGACUGGGCAUUGAGGAGCAGGUUUCCGUCCAGAAACGGGUGAGAGUGCCAAACGUCAAGCUCGAUGAAGAAAGAUUGCUGGGUCCUGCUGGAAUCCCCAAGCUGAGAAGACGAGCUUUCGGCCUCAAACUAAAAGGAAAAGGCCACGAGUUCUCAGACGCCUCGAGACUCCUCUCCUUCUACCAGCUAUGGCUCGACGACCUCUUCCCCAAAGCCCGGUUCCUCGACGCCCUCGCCAUGGUUGAAAAAGCCGGCCACAAAAAGGCCCUUGUGAGCGCCCGAAGCGAAUGGAUCAACGAAGGCCGCCCCAAGGCCAGCAACGACGACGACGACGACGACAACGACGAGCUGGACAUUGGUGCUGUGGCCAUUACCGAGGAGUCGCAAAGCACGGAAAGCGGCAUUCCUGCGCAGAGGACGCAAAAGACUCCAGAGAGAGACCAUGUCCCUGAUGACGAUGACUUGUACGGCGCUACGCCCCGAGGACCAGCGCCAACGACAAACGCUCUUCGCCCUGCGCCCUCAAACGACGCCCCCGACGACGACGACGAUCUGGAAGCUCUCAUGGCCGAAGCCGAAAGCAUGGACAGUCGACAAGCCCCCGCCACGCACCACUUGGACGAAGAAGACGAUUUAGACGCCCUCAUCGCAGAGGCUGAAGCGCGGGAUCGCUCUGGCGGACACGCUGCGGACAAGAGCGGCGGCAAUACCACUUCCGACGACAAGGGGCACGACUUUGCGGAUGAAGAGGAGGCCAUGCAGGAGAUGGAGGGAUUGUGGUAG